GGUCCAUCAUAGUGGAAUGGACAUGAAGACACAGUGUGUUCCUCUCUGGCUCCUGGGUACCACCCUUGUCCUGUGCUGUGUGUACACCCAUGGUCUCAGGAGAUGCCUGGCUUUUGUGGACAUGCGACACCUAGAAGAGAGUUUCCAAGGAAUCAAAAGAGCCAUCCAAGCCAAGGACACCUUCCCAAACAUCACCAUCCUGUCCACAGCGGAGACCCUGCGGAGCAUUAAGCCCGUGGAUGUGUGCUGUGUGACCAAGAGCCUCCUGGAGUUCUACAUGGACAGGGUUUUCAAGGACCAUCAGGAGCUGAAGCCCCAGGCCUUGAGGACGAUCAGCAGCGUUGCCAACUCUUUCCUCUACAUGCAGAAAGCCCUGCAGCAGUGUCAGGUGCAGAGACGGUGUCCCUGCAGUGAGGAAGCCACCAAUGCAACCAGAAUGGUCUAUGACAACUACGAUCAGCUGGAGGUCCCUUCUGCCGCUACUAAGUCCCUGGGAGAACUCGAUGUCUUUCUCGCUUGGAUUGCCAAGAAUCAUCAGAAGACUUCCCCUGCCUGA